UCACUGCUAUCUUGCAAGACUUGAUUGUACUGUAUAUGGAAAUUUACACGUGAUGUCACAGUUUGGUCUUACUACAUCUUUACCACAAAGAGAGAUGUGCUCAGUUUAUCCAUCUGACAGUUUAACAAGAGGAGACAUGCUAUAGACCUCAGAGUGAAGAUGAUGAUGCUGAUGUGGAUUACAGUGAUGCUUUUGAAUAAAAUUGCAGAUUCUACACAGACAACCAGCGAGAAUCAGCUGAAUACAAUGAUCACUGCUGAUGUUGGUGAUAAUGUGACUCUGCACUGCUUUCAAAAGCAAGACAGCACUAAUCCCAUCGUUUGGUACAAGCAAAAAGUAGGACACAAGCCUUGUCCGAUGGUCACAGUUCAUGAUGAACCCAGUUACGAAGAUGGGUUCAAACCACCAAAAUUCAUCAUCGAGAAAGACAAAACAAGCUGCCAUUUAAAAAUUGUUAACGUGGAACCAUCAGAUGAAGCCACUUAUUUCUGUGGACUUAUCAAAUUUGUUACAAGUUUUACAAAUGGAACAUUUUUAUCAGUAAAAGGUAAACCAGAUUUCAGUGUCUCAGUGAGGCAACAUGAUGUUUUGGACUCGGUUCCUGCAGGAGCCUCAGUGACUCUGCAGUGCUCGGUUCUCUCUGAGAGCAGAGCAGCAGAACUCCAAGUGCUCUGGUUCAGUGCUGCUCCACCACAAUCCCAUCCUCAAAUCAUUUACACUCAUCACAACAGCAGCCAUCAGUGUGAGAGCGGCUCUUCUACACACACCUGUGUGUACAACUUCACCAAGAACAUCCUCAGCCUCAAUGAUACUGGAACUUACUACUGCGCUGUGGCCCUGUGUGGGAAGAUCGUAUUUGGGAACGGGACACAAGUACAGCUGGAGAGUUCUCUGGACCCUGUAGCGGCCUGCCUCAGUGUAGCGUUGGCAGUAUGUUGGGCUGUGAUCUUUAUUUUGAUCUUUAUCAUAACCUGUAAAAGAAGAAAAAGAAAGAAACUGAAACAUGGCUCGAUGACAGACAAAUCCCUCAGUCAGGACAGUGACAUCGUGGAGGUGAAUUACGCUGCCUUAAAUUUCAAUGAGAGAAGAACCAAAAGAGGAAGAGUCAAGAAUCAACAAUCGAAAGAUAUUAUAUAUUCUGAUGUGCGAGGUCUUUCUAAUACUUAGAUUUCAUCUCUAAUAUGAUUCAGUGUCAUUAGUUCUGUUAUUAAGUUAAAGUUUUGAAAAGCUGGUUCUGUCAAGAAGUGACAAUGUUAUAUGUCUGGAUUAUUUUUUGUUUUUUCCAGUUUAUUCUGCAGGCAAAAUGGAAAUCAAGAUUUUUUUAAUCAGUAUAAAGAAAUGAAUGAUGUUCAGGCUGUGAGUCUGAUUUACAAUUCUGUUGGCUUUCAGUGUGUUUUAGACGUGUGUUUUUCCCUUUGGAUAACCUUACACAGAAUUUUACUGGUUAAAGAUCGAAUGAAGAAGCACUUUGGUCCGAGAACAGAAAUGGGUUUGAUAUCAACAUUUACAAAUUUUUGUUUGAAAAUAAAUAACUGUUUUUGUUUUUUGGAA